AUGGGGAAUUCUCAUAUUAAAGGAAAAGAAGUGAUCGAUUUAUCACCAAGAACUUUAGCAUUAACAAGUGUUGAUGAUAAAGUUUGGUUAGGAAUACCAGAGGAAAAUCUUUUCAAUGAUUCAUUUACAAUUGAAAAGUAUUAUAUGCUUCAAUCAAAACCACUUUCAAAUUUUAAAGAUAUAGAUAGACUGAUAAUGAUUGAACAAAUUGAAGAAACAUCAUUCUUUUCAUCAUAUAAAGAUAGAUCAAAUUUACCAUUACAACAACAAUUACAACAACAAUUACAAGAACAACAACAACAGCAACAAGGUGGAAUAAAAUCAACUACUUCAACAACAACAACAACAACAACAACAACAACAACAACAACAACAACUACUCCACCAUCAUCAUCAUCUACUACUGCAAAUAGUGGAGCAUCAAACAAUAGCGAUAAUAGUAACAACAACAAUAAUAAUAAAAAUAAUAAUAAUAAUGCUGCAGGACAAUCAGCAAACUCCACACAACCAAAUAAUAACAACAAAGACAAUAAUAAUACUAAUUCAUCUUCAACAAAUUCAAUCAAUAAUAACAAUACAAACACUAAUAAUAAUGGUAAUAACAAUAAUAAUAAUAAUAAUCCAAAUAGUUUAUAUAAUAAUAGUAUAGCGGAUUUCAUAGAAGAAUAUAAAAAUCGAUCAAGUAUACCAGUUUAUUUAAUUCCAGAAGAUUCUUAUAAAACUCACCAAAAAACAUUAUCAUUUAUCCUAGAGGAUUUAUACUCACAAUCAAAUGUAAACACAGCAUAUUAUCAAACACUUUUACAAAAAAGAUUAUGUAUUUUAAAAAGAAUUCAUUUAGCGUUAAAAAGAGAAAUUGCAAGAAAAAAAUUAUUCGAUUCAAUUUAUCAUUCAAAAGCAAAAACUAGAAUUAAAAAAGUACAAAUACCGCCAAUUUCAAUUAGAAUAGCAUGUAGAUUAUUUAUAACGACAUUACAAGAACAGGUUUUCGAACAAAAGAUAUCAUUAUCAACAUUGAAAUCAUUUAAUUCAAUGAUAAAAGAAUUACCAUUAUUAUCAAUGGCAGGUGAACCUCAAGAUUGUAUAGAUAGUUUAUCAAAAUGGUUACUAUCUGCACUAUCUAGUAAUUCACCAUUAAUAAAGCGUGAGGCAAUGGAAUCAUUAAUUGGUUUAUCAUUAUCACAGGGUUCAUUAAGUUCAAUUUUAUAUUCUUUAUUUUUAAUUUUAACACCUUCAACAAUCACAACAACAACAACAACAACAACAGCAACUACAACACCAACAUCAUCAUCAUCAACAACUAUUAAUAGAUCGAAUAACACAAAAAAUACUAGUAGUGGUAGUAGUACACCAACAUCAACAAUACCGACAUCAAACAAUAAUAUUAUUGGAUUAAGAAUGUCUAGUUUAAUUAAACAAUUUGAACAAUGGAAAGUUGAUUUACCAUUAUCACCAUUAAGUAGGGAAUUAUUAUUUUCAACAUGGCCAAUUCAAUGGAAUGAUCAUAUUUCAGAUGAUUCAUUAUCAUUUUUAUCAACUCAUCAAUCAAAUUCAACCAAUAUUAUUGCAACGAUAACAUGUGAUGGUGAAUAUAUUUAUAUUCAUGAUUAUUGUGGUUUAGUAAAGAUUGGUACAGGUUAUUUUGGUACACAUCAAGGUAGAGUUUAUAUUAGAAAAGCAGAUUUCUAUCCAAAGGAAAAAGGUUGGUUAGCAUUCAUUGGUUCAUCAUUAUAUUAUCGUUCACCUUCGAUUGAUCAAUCAACUCUAAUAGUUUUAAAUCCAUUGACAUUGGAAGAAAUUGGUAGAAUUAAUCAAGAUGGUACUGGUUCAAUUGAAACUGUAAAUAAUUUAUCAUUACCAUUUGCACCAGAAUGUCAAGAACAACAUCAUCAUCAUCAUAAUUUUCAUACAUUUUCAUCUUUUACAAAUAAUAAUUCAAAUAAUAAUAAUAAUAAUAAUAAUAAUAAUAAUAAUAUUAAUAAUAAUACAAGAUCACCAAUAUUUACAGAUGGUAGAUAUUUAUAUUUAUUAUCAAUGCAAAGAAAUAAACAAUUUGUUGUGGAUAUGUAUGAUCCAUUUGAUCAAUUUCAACAUUAUAAAAGAAUUGAAUUAAGAUAUUCUGAUAAUAAUGAUAGUAAUGAUAAUGGUAAUAGUAGUGGUAGUGGUAACUUUUAUAAUAAUAAUAAUAAUAAUAAUAAUAAUAAUAAUAAUAAUAAUAGUAAUAAUAAUUAUAAUGAAAGAAAUGGUAGUUAUUAUUACUAUCAAAAUAAUGAAGAGUUUACAGCAGUUUUAAAUCCAAAGAUAUUAGAAUUUGGAUCAUUUUAUACCAAUGGUCAUUAUUUAAUGGUUGUAUUACCACCACCAUUUGGUAGCGAUUAUAAUUAUGACUCAAAAUCAUAUAUUUGUAGAGCAUUUUCAUUGACUGAUGGUAGUUUAAUUGGAAAUUAUUGUUUAGAGAAUCAGCCCAUUGGUUUAGCUUCAUUCUAUGAUUAUUUAAAUAAUGUAAUUUGGAGUUAUUCUUCAUCAGAAUCUGAAAUUGGUAAAUAUGGGAAUGAAGGAUUUGGUCCAAAACAUUCAUUUCCUUCAACAAUUGCACAAUCACCAAUUUUACCACCACCUCCACCUCCAAUUCCAACAACAUCAACAACAACAACAACAACAACAACUACAGCGACAACAACAACAACAACUAAUGGUGCAAAUAUAACACCACAACCAAUUUUAUUACCACAAUCAUCAUUAAUAACUUCAAUGAAUGUUGAACAACCACAACAACAAACUAACAAUAAUCAGCAACAACAAUUUAAUCAAGAAGAUAAUACUUCUCCAACUAAUAAUAAUAAUAAUAAUAAUAAUAAUAAUAAUAAUAAUAAUAAUAAUAAUAAUAAUAAUAAUAAUAAUAAUAAUAAUAAUAAUAAUAAUAAUAAUAAUAAUAAUAAUAAUAAUAAUUAUAAUAAUGAACAAUUAAUUGAACCAAAAGAAGUUGUAUCAACUAUAUUAUCAAUUUUAUCAAAAUUAGCAGUUGAAUAUAUGCCAUCAAUUAGUAAUGAUAAUGCAGGUCAUAACCAAGGUGGAUUAGUUUAUCAACAUAUUCAUAAAUUAACAGAGCCAUUUAGUGUUGAAGUUAAUUUUAAUACAUUUUCACAAUUGUAUGAUAUAUUGGAAUAUUAUAAAAAUCAAUUAAAACUUACAAGUAGUGUUGUUGUUGUUGUAAACUCAAAUAGUGGUAGUAAUAGUAAUAAUAAUAAUAAUAAUUAUAAUAGUGGUAAUUUAUUUAAAACCAUUGAAACAUUACGUUGUAUAAUCUAUUGUCUAAGAUUAUUAAAGGUAAAUUUGUUUAGACUAUGUUCAAAUUUAAGAGUUUUAGAAAGAAAUCCAGUAUUUGAUUCAUCAAGAGAUAAUUUAUUAAAAUGUAUAAAUCAAAAGUUUCUUUUACAAAUUCGUACUUUAUUAUUAAAUUUCGUUAUAGAUGGUAUCAUCGAUAGUAAUGGUACUGGUAAUAACAAUAGUAAUUGUAUACAUUUCAUUGAAACCAUACGUGAAGAAUCUUGUGAAGUUUUAACAAUUGGUUUAGAUUUAUUUUAUCCAACUUCACUUGAUAAAGCAAAUUUUGUUUUUCAUUUAUUAGAUCAAGUUUCAAAAUUUAGAAAAUUAAAUGAUCAAUCACAUCAACAACAACAACAUCAACAACAACAACAACAACAACAACAACAACCAAAUAUUCCAAUUUCAAAUUUAAAACCAAUACCAAAAAAGAAUAAUAAUAAUAAUAAUAACAUCAAUAAUAAUAAUAAUAACAUCAAUAACAGUAAUAAUAAUAAUAAUAAUAAUAAUAAUAAAGAUCAAGGAUAUUCAAUAUUAUUAAAUAGAGUAUUAAUAUUAUUAUCAAGUCAUUCAAAUGCAUCAUUUUUUGCAUUACCACCUUUAAUUAAUGAAUUUAAUGAAACUUCAACAAAAAAGAGUAAUAAUAAUAAUAAUAAUAAUGGUAAUGGUAAUGGUAAUAAUAGUGGAUUUAGAAUUAAUGGUAAUAAUAGUAAUAGUGUAACAGAUUCAAUGAAUUUAUUUGUACCAAUUAUUACACAUUUAUUAGCGGAAGCUCAAGCAACAAUACCACCACAAACUAUUAUACCACAUAUUUCAAGACAAGAUUCACAAACUCAACAUUUAGGAUUCUCAUUAUAUAGUAGUCAAUCACCACCACCAACAAGUUCACCAGCAAUGAGAUUACUAUUAUCAAUUCAAAAGGAUUUAAUAGUUCGUGUUGAAAAUAGUACUUACAUUGGUAAUGGUGAAAUGGAUGCACCAUCACAAGCUUUGGUUUCUUAUAGUAUUUUGUUAAUGGAUAAAUGUAGAGAAUUAUUAAAUGGUGUAUUGGAUAUGGAUUCACAAAAGAAUCAAUCCAUUCUUUUAACCGAUUUCAAAUCAUCAGUGGUUGGUGCACUAUUACCAACAUUAAUACAUUCACUAUUUUUAUUUAGUUAUAAAAUUUGGUUAGCAAAAGAAUUAUUACCAUCAUUAGUUUUAUUAAUUGGUGUUGUUGAUAGAGUUAAUAGAAGAUUACCAAAAAUUUUAAAUAGACCAGAUUUAAUUAAUCAUCAUCAUCAUCAUAUUAAUAAUCACAAUUUAAGUUAUAACAAUAAUAAUAAUAAUAAUAGUAAUAGUAAUAAUGGUGGUAUACCAAGUUUAAGACAACCAUUACAAAAAAGAUCAUCAUUUGUUGAAGGUCCUUCAAGAAUUUCAGAAUCACCACAUCCAUAUCAUCCGUAUACAAAUUCAAGACAAUCUGUUUCAAUACCUGGUGCAGUAUUUUUAUCAUUAGUUUUUGAUGAGAGAAGUUAUACAAGUACUUUAGAUGAUGUUUUACAAAUUUUUGAAUCAAUAGAUUCAAAAGAACCAUUGGAACAAUUCUCUCAUACAAAAUGGCCUAAAAGAAGAAUUUUAAUUCCAGGUGAUACUGUUGUUUUUCAAUUUAUAACUGGUUCAGUUUCUGCAAUUAAUAAUACUUACUCAAAUUAUUGGGGUUAUCGUUGUAAUAUUAUUGGUCAUAUGCCAAAUUCCGAUAAAACUUCAUUACCUUGGUCUUCACAUUUAGAGAAAACAAUGUGUUGUUUAGCUGGUAGAUUCUCUUCUUGUUUAAUUAGUGGUGAUUAUUUAACAGAUUUAGAAUUAGAAAAUACUUUAUUUUUAGAAUCACCUUUAUUUAGUGGUGGUAUUGAAGAAGAUUAUGUUUUAAAAAAUAAUAAUAAUAAUGAAGAAAAUAAUAAUAAUAAUAAUAAUUAUUUAAUUGAUAAUAUUGAUAUAUCAAAUACAAUUAGUUCAAAAUUAAUUCAAAGAUUUUGUUAUUCAUUAGCAAAAAGAAAUGGUGAAAUACUUUCAAGUCAUUUAUCAGAUUUUAUGUGGAAACAUACAACAGGUGAAAAAUUAAAAGGAAAAGCUACAAUCAAAUCUGCACAACAGGCUGUAAUCGCAGCAUUAAUAAAACAUUUAAGUUUAGGUGAUAUUGCUUUAAGAUUUUCAUUGGAAAUCAUUGAAUGUAAACAACAACUAAAACAAAAACAAAAACAAAAACAACAAGAACAUCAGGAACAACAACAACAACAACAACAACAACAACAACAACAACAACAACAACAACAAGAUGAAGGUAUAAGUAUCAAUAGUAGUAGUGGUAGUGUUACCAAUAUUUUAAAACCACCACAAUCAUUGAUUGACCUUUGGAAAUCAGUUUUACAUAUUAGAAUUGCAAUCAUUCAAAAACAUCAAGAAUCUCAAUUAUCAAAUCACCCAAAUGAUGAGAUAACAGAAUCACAAAAGAGGAGAAGUGUUGAUAUGAGGACUCAUUCUGAGUUUAGAGAAUCAAUCUAUAAAGAAAUUGCAGAUAAAAUCAUUGAUAAUUCAAUGUUUCUAUUGGAGUUACAAUCAUAUGAUGAACUUUCAAUUAAUAAUUCAAUUAAACAAGAGAUUAGCUCUGUAUUAUUUAAAUUUAUUUUAUCAAAUUCUUUACAAAUCGAAGAUAUUAAAAAUAUAAUGAUCACUAGAAGAUCAAGAGCAUACACUAGAACAUUGGGAUUACAAGCGAUGAGAGAUAUAUUGAAAUGUACAUCAGAUCAUACAAUGAAACCAGAGGCAUUAUGUUUUAUUGGUCCAGCACUUAGAAAUUCGGGUCUAGUUAAACGUAGAUGUCCACCUUAUCAUUAUUUAGAUUUUUUACAUGGUUGUGGUAUAAAAUUAAUUAAAGAAGUUAAAAAGAAUUUUAAAUUACUCAUGGAAGAUGUAUCUUGUUUGUUAAAUGAUCAAAAUUCAGAUUCAACUUUAAAACUUUAUGCUCUAGAUGCUUUCACUUUAAAUUUCUCACCAGAUGAUUCAGAAAUGUUAACACAAGUUGAUAUUUUCAAUAAAAUUCAUAAUUUAAUGACAAAUGAAUCUAUUUGGGGUGGAAUUUGGAAUAACAAUUCAAAUAAUAGUAAUAGUGGUAGUGGUGAUUAUACUAAUCAUAGAAAUAGUGUUGGCGGCGGUGGUGGUUCACCAUCUGGUAGUUUCUUACAUUCAAAUAGUACAAGUAGUUUAUUUGAAAGUAUGGAAUCAACUCCACUCUAUAAUGUUGGUGGAGUUAGUGGUUCAAUUUAUUCAAAUUUUGUGGAAGAAGAUAAAUUAGAAAGAGAAAAAUUAAAAAAGAAUGCAAAAGCACUUUUUAAAUUUUUAGGUUUAAUUUGUGUUGAUAUAACAAGUAAUAAUAGUGAAAAUAUAACAACACCAACACCAACAUCAACAACAACGACAACGACAACAACAACAACAACAACAACAAUUUCAUCAUCUAAAUUUGAAUCAUUAAGAGAUUCAUUCUUUAGUUUAAUGGUAAUUCAAUUAGAAUCAUCAUUAUCAUUUUUAAAGGAACAAAAUAGAUUGUAUUGGGGUAGAGGUGUUAAUGGUGUUAGUAGUAAUAGCAAUAGCAAUGGUGAAACACAAUCAGGAGUAUCAUCACCAAAUACUGCAAAUAAUUUAAAAUCUCGUAGAAUUUAUAGAGUAGAGAAAUCUUAUGUUGAUUUAUCAGAUUCUUUAACAUUGUUAUAUAUAAUUAGUUCUUUUGAAAAUGUUAAACAAAGACUAUGUUCAACCACUUUUAUGAAUAUUUUCCAUUGUAUACUUCAAGUUGGUGAUGAAACUCAAAGAAAAUUAAUAUUAAGAAUAUUUAGAAGAAUUUUACCAUCAAUUUCACCUUUAAAAUUAUUAGUACCAAUGGAUACUAGCUCAACAAGUAUUAGUGGUAAUAGUAGUACCACCUCUAUACCAACAUCAAAAACUAUAUUUUCAUUAUUGUUGGAAAUUUUAGGUGCUGUUUGUUUUUGGGGUUGUUCAAGUGAUUUAAAUGAAAUUUCAAAACAUAUUGAUCCACGUUAUUUCAUUUCAUCAAAUAAUCAACACUAUAAUCUAUAUCGUACAAGUAGUUAUAGUGGUUCAAAAAUUGAUUCUUCACCACAAUCAUUCUUUUCAAUUUUCGAUAAAACUACUCAAUUUCCAAUGGCUUGGGAUAUACUUUCUCCAUCAUCAUUUAUAAAGUUUUCUGAUGAUUCAAAAGUUGCUACUUUUAUUUCAUCAAACAAUCCAAGAAAUAAUUUAAAUAAUAAUAAUAAUAAUAAUAAUAACAGUGGUAAUAAUAUUAAUUCUAGUAAUAAUAAUGGAAUUUCUUCAUCAUCUGUAACAAAUUCAACUUCACCAACUUCUAAUAAUAAUAUAAACUCUACAACAUCUCAAACUAAUAUUCCAACAAAUACAAUAUCAACUUCAUCAGCUUCAAUAAAUAAUAAUAGCAAUAAUAGUAAUGGUGGUAAUAAUAAUGAAAUUCAAGGAUUACAAUUUAUUAAAUCAGAUAUAAUGAUACCAGAAUCAGCACCAUUCUUUUAUUUUGAAGUUAAAUUAGAGAGUGAUACAAAAGAGUUAAUUGUUGGUUUAUUCCCUUCAAGUGAUAUUGAUCAAUUAACACCAUCAUUAAAGGAUUGGAGAUUUGGUUUAGGUUAUUCAAGUAAAGAUGGUAAUAAAAUUUGUUGUAGAACAAAUACCAUUUCAAUUCAAUCAAAAGGUUAUUCACAACCAUUCUCUAGAAAUGAUAUCAUUGGUUGUGGAUUCAACCAUAAAGAUGGUAAAGUUUUCUUUACAAAAAAUGGUAAAUAUUUAGGAACCGCCUUCAAAAAUGUUAUUGGUGAUUUCUAUCCAGUGGUAGCAAUGUCUUCAGGUGGUUCAGUUGGUGUUAACUUUGGUCAACAACCAUUUCAAUAUGAUUUAACACCAAUUAUAACUUAUCAUUUAGAAUAUCUUUCAGAUAGAAAUGUUCCAACCUUAACAUUGUCUUAUGUUAAUGAAAUAGUUUAUCUCCUUCGUUCAUUAUUUAAAUCUUCACAACAAUGGAAACAACAUCUUCAAUCUUAUAUUUUAGAUGGUUUAAAAUUAUUACCUACAACUAUUCAAUCAAAUAUUUUCAUUAAUAAUAAUAAUAAUAAUAAUAAUAAUAAUAAUAAUAAUAAUAAUAAUAAUAAUAAUAAUAAUAAUAAUAAUAAUAAUAAUAAUAAUAAUAAUAAUAAUAAUAAUAAUAAUAAUAAUGCAAAUAGUAGUAGUGGUGUUAGUAGUACUAAAGGUGUAACAACUCCACCAUCAAUUCCAUCACCAACAAUUAAUUCACAACAACAACAACAACAACAACAACCAAAUAAAUUAUUAACAAAUAAUAUUCAAUCAUUAUUUCAAAUAUUUUCAACAAUAUCAUUAUUAUCAGGAUAUAUGGAUGGUGUUUGGCAAGGUGCAAGAGUUGAAGUUGAUAUUGGAUCUGGAUGCUUUGAAAAUGGUACUGUCAUUGAAUAUAGUGUAGUCAAUCAUUUAUGUAGAGUUUUAUUGGAUUGUAAUGUUGAAAAACUAUUAAAGACAACUCAUAAUCGUAUAGCUUUAAAACCAAUUCAAGAGAUUCCAAUCGAUUUCUCUUUAUUCUCAAAUCCAAUAUCAAUAAUUCAAUCAAUUUCAACAUUUUUAAAACCACCAUCUCCAUUAGUCCAAAAUAAUAAUAAUAGUUCAAAUAGAGUUUAUACAACGCCACCAUCUUAUUCAAUUUCAACUACAUUAAAUAAUAAUAAUAAUAAUAAUACUAAUAAUAGCAAUGGUGGAAUAGGUGGUAUGACAAAUAAUAUAUUAAAUGAAAUUAUAAAUUCAUCAUCAAAUUUAUCAUCAUCAUCUUCUUCACUUUCAGUUAAUUAUUCAAAUUCACCUUCAACAACUUCCGCGUCAGGAUUACCAACUAAUAGUAUUAAAAAUAAUAAUAUUAAUAGUAGUAAUAAUAAUAAUAACAAUAGUAGCGGAUAUGGUCAAUUGGCUAAUAGUGUUUGUAUAACUAAUUCAUCAAGUAAUAUUAGAAAUAUAUAUUUAUUUAUAAAAUCAAGGGUUAUGAAAAUCUUUAAUGGGUUAUUAAAAUUCUCAAAUUGUUCAAAGUUUUCAUUGGAAGAUGGAUUAAUACCAAUUCUUGUAGAGUUUGCUUUAGGUAGACCUAUUCAAUUCCUAAAUGAACCAAAAAUUGAAAAAAUGGAGAGGCUAUCAUUUUUAUUAAAAGAUAGAAUUUAUGAAAAAACUUUAAAAUCAUUUUUAAAUCAUACUUUAGGUCACCAAUAUAAUGGUUCAAAUUCAAGAUCAAAUAGUACCAUAACAAUUCCACUUCAACAUCAUGUUAAACAACAACAGCAACAACAACAACAGCAACAGCAACAAAAUUCAAAUAUCAAUAAUGAUGAUUUUGAAGAUUUAACAUCAGAAAUUAAUUUUGAAGAUGAUAAUGAUGAGGUAAUUGAUGAUUUUGAUGAAAUUUUAGGAUCUUCAUAUGAAGAGGAUGAAAUUUCAUUACCACCAAAUUUAAUUAAUAAUAAUCGUAAUGAUGAUGAUUCUCCACAAACAUCAGGUUUUUCAAAUCAAAAUACACGUGGUAGACCGCCAUUACAUAGUAGCCAUAGUAAUCAGUCCUCUUCCUCUUCACAACAACAACAACAACAUCAGCAGCAACAUCAGCAACAGCAACAACAACAAUAUGAUGAAGAAAUUGAGGAAGAAAAUUUACAAGGCGUUAUUGCAGAAGAAGACUUACCAGAGGAUGGUAUCAUUGGUAAAAAAAUACUUUGGUCAGAAGUUAAAGUUGGUUUACAUGUUAUGGUAUCAAAGAGAGAGAAAUUGAAUUUACGUAGAUCAAACUGGGUUAAUGAAAUGGAUAGUUGUAUUGGUAAGGUGGGUAUUGUUAAAUCAAUCGAUAAAAAGCAUAGACAAGUUUUAGUUACCUUUUUAGAUGAUGAUACUUUAACUUUAAUUGAUUGGUGGUGUUGUUAUGAAAUUUUCAUUUGUCCAACCACUAAUCCAACUACAACUUCACCCACUACUUCUACAACAACAACAACAACAACAACAACAACAACAACUUCCACAACAAGUAGUGGAGAAAGUUUAUCAUCAUUAAAGAAUCCAAUCCAAUCAAUUGAUAAAUAUUCUUAUUCUCAAUUGAUUCAUUUAGAUACAUCAUCAGAGAUGGCAUUAUCAAUUUUAUAUUCAAGACAAGCUUUAAUAUCUUUAUUGGUUAGUUUACCUCCUUCCAUUAAAAUAUCUUAUCAAUCAUUUGGUGGUGCUAAAAAUUUAAUCUAUAUAUUAAAGUUAACUCUUCACACUACACUUUUAAAUGAUUCCUCAAAUCAUAUCUUAUCAAAUAAUAUUAAUAAUAUUACUAAAAUUUUAAAUAUUUCACCAAAAAAUCAAAAAGAUUUUGUAAAUUUAAAAUCAUUACAAUCAAAAUUAUCAAUUUUAUUAAAACAAGAAUUUGAUAAUAAUACUAAUAAUAAUAAUAGUAGUAAUAAUAGUAAUGGUAGUGGUAGUGGUGGUAAUAUUAUUAAAAAUGUAGGUGUUGGUGGUGGUGUAGGUAAUAAUUGUGUUGAAACAACUAUUGAUAAUAAAAUUAAUUCCACGUCAACCUCUUCAUCAAACACUUCAGCAACAUUAACACCGGCAUCAUUAGCAUCAAUAUCAAAUUUAACGCCAACAAAAAAUACAAAUGGUAUUGAUAAUAAUAACCAUCAAAAUAUUCAACAACGUAUAUAUAAUAAAACACCACCAAAUAAACAUAAUCAUAAUUAUGCAUCACCAUUACCACCAACUCCAACUUCACCAUCACUAUCCUCAUCUUUAAGUAAUCAUAAUAAUAAUAGCAACAACAACAACAAUAGUAAUCCAAUAACACCAACCAAAUGGAAAAGUUAUAAACCCGAUCAUCAUAGUUUAAAUCAAACAACAAUUUUGGGUAGUAGUUUAAAUAGUCAUAAUAUUACAAUUGGUGGUAAUUCAAGUAGUUCAAAUAGUAAUAAUAAUAACAAUGGUGGUAUCAUUAAUAGUAAUUUAAAUACAACAAAUUCAAUUAUUAGUAAUAAUAGUCAUAUACAACAACAACAGGCUUUAUCACAAUCAAUGUUUUUAUUAAGUGAACCAUUGAAAAUUGGUCAUUUAAUGAAACAACAAAAAAUUAUAAAAUUAUGGAAAAGAAUCUAUGUUGUAUUAUCAAGUGAUUGUUUAUUCUUUUAUAAGCCUAUAGCUACAAAUCAAACUGGUAGCUUAAAUUAUCAUCAAAUUGGUAAUUAUGGUAUAAAUAAUCAAUAUAAUAGUUUUAGUUUUGGUAAUGGUAAUAAUAAUAAUAAUAAUUUAAAUAAUAAUUUAAAUAAUAGUAUAAUUAAUCCAAUUGGUACAGUUGAUUUAAGAGAUAUUGUUUCAGUAACACAAGUAUCAUUAACAAAACAAACAAAGAUUAGUUUUUCAUCAAUGUCAAGUGGUUCAAAGAAACCAGAUUAUUGUUUUCAAAUUACAUUGACAUCAAAUAAAACUCAUUUAUUUCAAGCAACUAGUCAAGAAGAGUUAUUAGAAUGGAUACAAAUUAUUAAUUCAGCAUGUAUUUCAAGUGCAUCAUUUAGAUCGAAAACACCAAGUAUUCAAUCAUCAAUUUCAUUAAUUGAAGUAUUGACAAAGGAAUGCUGUCAACAAUUGAAAGAUACAGCGGGUGAAUAUCUACAAUUACAACAUCAUGAAGAAUCACCACAUCCAUAUCCAUCAAAUUAUAGAUUGAAAAAGAUUAUUCGUAUUGAAGGUGCACAAUCAUUAUUGAUUACAUUUGAUAGUAAAUCAUAUUCUGAACCUGGUUAUGCGAUUUUAAAAUUCUUUUAUGAUCCAUCCUGCACUCAACAUAUUGCAUCCUAUAGUGGUAAAUUCAGUUCAUUCCCACCAACGAUCAUUAAUAAUGCUUGUCAAUUUUGGAUGGUUUUCAUCGCAGAUUCAAAUCGUUCAGAAUGGGGUUAUAAAUUCACUGUAACACCAAUUAGAAUGAAAACAAGUGACGUUUGUCUAUUACCACAACCAAAUUUUGAAUUUGCAUGUUUUUUAGUCGAUUGGGUAUUACAAUUGGAUAUAUCAUUAUUCUUAAAGAAUUAUCCAUCAUUCUUUACAAAUGAUUUAUUCGAUUCCCUCUUAUUACAUUUAUCAGUCAAUAAACCAUUGGAUAGACGUUUAAAGGCAAUUAAUUUCUUAACUCGUCUAUUACAGAAAUUAAUAGAGAAUCCAAGUUUACAUUUACUCUCAUUAUCAAUUCAAAAAGAAAUCUCUCAAAAAAUUGAAUUCUUAAAGGAUGAAAUGUUUAAAAUUUAUAAAAUUGAGAAAGGUACAAAUACACAUCCAAAUAAUUCACCAAUUCAUUCACAAUUCCUUCAAAAAUUAAUUGAACUUUGUAUUCAAACUCAUAUAAUUUUAUCAAAUGCAAAUUUACAAUUACAUUUACAACAACAACAAGAAAUUCAACAACAACUAGAAAUUCAAAAACAAAAAGAAAAAGAAAAAGAAAAUCAACAAUUAGAACAAGAACAACAACAACAACAACAACAACCAAUCAUAGAUGGAAAUUUACCAACAACAAAUUUAAAUAAUGAUGAUAGUAUUAUAACUACAAUAACUACUACAACAACUACUACAACAACAACAACAACAACUAUAAAUGAUAAUUUAUCAUCAAAUGGUUCAAGUGUUAUUAAUAUUAAUAAUGUAAAUGUUGGUAUAAAUAAUAAUUAUAACUAUUCAGUAUUUAAUAUUAGGGAGGAACAUAAAAUUUGGUUUAGUAAGAUGGUAAAGAUAUCGAAAAUAUUAGAUAAUUUAUUUAAGGGUAAAGGAUUUAGUAAAGAGUUUAUUAAAGAGGCAUUUAUAGAGACAUUACCAGUUCAAGUUGUUGAUAGUCCACACCCAUACCCACCUUCGGCCCGGGUCACUAGCAAUAUCGUUAUACCAGAUUCAAUUUCAUUAAAGAUUGAAUUUGAUCCAAAAUCAAGAACUCAAACAUAUAUUGACUAUUUAAUGUUUUCUAAAUCAACUCCUGGUGGUGAUGAUAUUGGUUUCUAUACUGGUGAUUUCCCAUUAACUCCAAUCAUUAUCCCUGGUGAUAGAUUCAUUUGGUCAUUUUAUUCAGACUCUCAAGAGACUGAAUGGGGUUUUAGAUUCACAAUCACUCCACAAUUCUCUGAAGAGGUUCAAGUUGAGAAUGGAAAGAAAUUCGAUAAGGAGAUCAUAACAUUGCUAUCAAAAUCUUCAACUUCAACAUCUUGUUGGAAUCAUGCAAUGGAUUUGGAAUUGGUUAAAUUUAUAAAUGCUUGUUGUGAAAAACAAAAAAGAAAUCCAAAUCAAUUAUCAUUUGAACAAUGUUUAAUUCAAGAGUAUCUAACUCUGUUCCCAUUACUAUUGGAGUUCUCUUCAACUCAAAGUGGUAAUCAUAUCCUCUUUUUAAGAUUCACAAUCUUAAAACAUUUCAAUAGCUCAAUUCAACAAUUUAUAAACUAUAUAGAUCUUAAAGGUGCUUCUGAUGAUUGGUCAACAGCUUAUAAAUUAUGUUCAUUAAGAGGUUUAUUAUUUAAUGAUAUAAAAUUAGAAAUUUUAAAUAAUUUCUUAACUCAAACAAGAUCACAAGGUAGAAGACCAAUUAUUAAUUUAAAUAGACAUGGUUCUUUAUUAUUUUCAAACAAUAAUAAUAAUAAUAAUAAUAAUAAUAAUAAUAAUAAUAAUAAUAAUAAUAAUAAUAAUAAUAACAAUUCGAAUAAUAGUAAUAAUAAUAACAAUAAUAAUAAUAAUAAUCAAACAAUUUCAAAUAAUAAUUUAAGAACUCAAUCACAAUCAAAUCGUAAUAGUAUUAGAAUUACAAAUAAUAUUAAUAAUUCAACAAAUGUUGUUACUACUCCUUCUACUGCUUCAUCUAGAAAUAGUGGUACAUCAUCACCAACUUCGAGUAGAAAUAGUAGAAAUCAACCAUUACCAGCUCCACCAACACCUCCUUUACCAUCUCAACAACAACAACAACAGCAACAACAGCAACAACAAAUAAAUCAACAACAGCAACAACAACAAACAAAUCAACAACAAUUAAUAACUACAAAUUUAUCAAGUACAAAUCAUAUAUCAAAUUUUAAAAAUGAAAAUUUAUUUUUACAAUCAUAUAGACAAUUAUGUUUAUUGGAUCCACUUAGAUUAAGACAUAAUGAUAGAGCAUGGGAAGUUAAAUUAGAGAGAGAAGGAGCAAGAGAUGCAGGUGGACCAUAUAGAGAUUGUAUGACACAAAUUGUAACAGAUCUUCAAAGUAGAGAUAUGAAUCUUUUUUUACCAUGUCAAAAUGCUCAAGGUGAUGUUGCAUUCAAUCGUGAUAAAUUAGUACCAAACUCAUCAGCAAAUUCACCAUUAGCAUUGCAACUAUUCGAAUAUAUUGGUAAAUUGAUUGGUAUAGCAAUUCGUACUAAAAAUUGUAUUGAACUAUCCUUACCUUCAAUCGUAUGGAAAUCAUUAGUUUGUGCAAAAGUUGAUCGUCAAGAUUUAAAAACUAUAGACAAAUAUAUAACUAACUUUUUAGAAUUAUUAGAAGGUACCUCAAAUGAAGAAUCAAAACUCACCAAUGAAGUAUUUAGUGAUUAUAUCGAUCAAAAUUUCACUGCUCAUUCAAUCGAUGGGUCAUUGAUUGAGCUAAUACCAGAUGGAAAAUCAAUUCAAGUUCAUUGGGAUAAUAGAUUAGAGUAUGCAACAUUAUUGGAACAAUAUAAAUUGGGUGAAUUUAAAUUACAAAUUGAUGCAAUGGUUAAAGGUGUCUCAAGUAUCAUUCCAUUGCAUAUUUUAAAUAUUUUCACAUGGCAAGAAAUUGAACAACGUGUUUGUGGAAUUCCAGGUUUAGAUAUUAAACUCUUAAAAAAACAUACUCGUUAUUGUGGUUUAAUUCAUUCUGAACCAAGGGUAACAUGGUUUUGGAGAAUACUCGAAUCUUUUUCAUCAGAGGAGCAAACUUUAUUCUUACGUUUUGUUUGGGGUAGAUCAAGACUACCUUCACCUUCAGAAUUCACAAGUAAUGUACAGUUUCAAAUCUAUCCAUUCAUUAAAAAUGAAUCUAGACUUUAUGAUGACGAUUUCGAAGAUCAAAGAAAUAACUCAAAUGAAGAUCAUUAUCAAAUUCAAGAUGAAUAUCUACCUGAAGCUCAAACUUGUUUCUUUACUCUCUCAAUUCCAAACUACAGUUCAUUGGACGUUAUGAAAGAAAAACUUUUAUAUGCAAUAACUUCAUGUAGAGAAAUUGAUGCUGAUUUCGUUCAACCAGAAUAA